AUGAAACAAAAUCAAACACAAGAUGAUCCUUCUAGGCCACCGUCAUCUGCUAAAGCCCUUUUAGCGCAAACAAAUCAGGCUGUUUUAAGAAAAUCAAGAGGAAACCAUAGAAGUAACCAUAGUAGAAACAAGGCGUUGUUUAACGAAAAUCAAGUCAGAACCCAAAAUGAAAAGGUGUUUUUUAAUAUUUUGGGUUUAAAAAAAUAUAGAAUUCAAUAUAUAUUGAAUAAAAAUGUUACGACUGGUGAAAUUCCCAUCGAAAUGAGAGGAGGGGAUCAUAAAAACCAUUUAUAUACCGAAGUUAGAAAAUCUGUAUAUGAUUUUAUAGGAAGUUUAAAAUGUACAGAGCCACAUUACUGUAGGAGUAAUUCAUCUGUGAGAAAAUAUUUGCCAAGUGAACUAACAAAAAAUAAAUUAUAUAAAAUGUACCAAGAAAAGUAUUUGAAUAGACAAGGAGCUAAACAGGGUCUAUUUAAAAAACAUUUUAAUACAGAAUAUAAUCUCGGAUUUGGAACGCCACGUACGGACAUUUGUUCCAUAUGCCUUCAGUUUCAAGAAAAUAUUAAAACUGAAACAGACUCUGUGAAGAAAAAGGAUUUAAUGAUUCAGAAGCGAAUACAUACACUCAAUGCUAAAGCUUUCUAUAGCAUUUUAAAAACAAAAGAGGACGGUAGUAAAACCAUGUCUUUCGAUUGCCAAAAUAAUUAG